AUGUACGAUCCAGUCAACGGAGGUGUGACAAGCACAGAGAGCGGACAAGGUUCUGGAAGUUCCUUCUAUACUGACAAUCCACUCAGCGCUAGCACUUCUCAAUGGUAUCCAUCUGGACCCUACCCCGAACCAACCUGCAGUCGAUGCAGUAGACCCUUCUAUUUUACCGAUAUCAUGAUGGAGAGGUAUUGCAAUACAUUGUACCUCCAGACGUAA